GCGCUGUCUAGGCGGUGAACCCGGUCAACCCAGGAAUCAGUUUCUGACAGCAGACAACUUUGAAAAUUUUCAUUCUACUAUUUCUAGUUUUGAGGAACAAUUUUGCUGAUCGCCUAAACCAUUGUAAACAAGCUAAAGUAGUAAAGAAGAUCGGUGCACCAGUGGUACAGUAGAACUUGCUUUGCGGAACAGCGCAGUUUUCUCUUGUCGUGCCGUCGACCCUUGCUAGCUUCGUGUGAUUGGAGUCGCUGGGGAAAGUAGGCCUUAUGGCCGAGGCACUGAAGCGGCGUGAUGCCGCUGCCGCUCGCCAGCGAACUAUUCGCGCCUCGCAGCAGAGCGGACUGGUGUCCGCUGGUAGCUCAGCAGAGAUUGCUGGCGCAUCAGCAGCUGCUGGUAUGUCGAGCGUGCAGCUAGAGGCGGAUAGAAUCAAAGCCAGACUGCGGCUGCCGCCCAUUCCCACGUUGCCGCCGUCGCGUAUACCACCGGAUCGUAGUAGCGCGCUGAUGAAGCACCGGCGUAGCAAGAAGGUGCAGGAGGAGAUCGUUGACAGACUUUAUGCCAAGGCAAACGAGAGCUUGCUGAGCACAGCUGAGAAGGCUAAGGCACGCACUCCCUCACCGGAGUGUCCUCUUCUCCCCAAUGAGUUGAUGGGCAAGCAAAGGCUGCAAGUCUUGCAGUAUGACUUCUUCGAGAAGCAGGCGUACAAUGCUCCUAUCCCGCGCUUUCCCGAUGACACCUGGCUACACAUGGUGAUGCGCAUCUGUCUGUCCACAGACCUCCUGGAGCGCUACAGCUACUUGCUGCGGGCACUGAAAAUGGAGGUGUAUGAAGAUUAUGACACUCAGCUGCGCAAGGGCCAUGUAUACUUUUGCCUGCGACGCCCGUGUGUGCCCGGCGUGAAAGGAUUCACGGAGCCCUUGGAGCCGAUACCAAGGAAGACCUUGCCACUUGGUCUGGACUGUUCAAGUCCCUACCAUGCCAGCAUUGUAGCUGCUCGCAAGUCGCUCAGCCGCCAAUUGCAGAUCACGCACCCUGCCGUGUGCAAGUUGUUCCAGCGCUGUCAGGCACAGAGCCAGCAGAUCCUGCUGGAUCCGCAAUGCAUAAGUGGCCAAGGUGCAAUUGAAGUUGAUCUUUUCCAUGGCAUCAUCGAGUUCGAGCUGAGCAAAUCACAGGAGAAUACCAUGCAAAAGUGGGCACCAGAAGUGCUCAACUUGCUCAGUACGGCUUUGGGUCAGAAUAAAGUUCAGGACGAGCGUCGUUUCUUCGCCGUGACUGGAGUUGUCAUCAGCAACAUGGCGUGGAACAUCAUCCGUGGCACCAUUGCCGCGUACACGGAAAAGUUCUCCGACCCGGAAAGGACCACGGGCCUGCCGCUCUUCAAGCUGUGCAUGUGCCUGGAGGGCAGUGAUAUCUUCUUUGAACCUGACCUGGCAGAGAUCGAGGGUGCUAUUGUUGGCGUGUGUCGACGCAUCAGCCGUUGCCUGCAGUCCAUUCCGACGAUCGAGUCGUACAUCUCUGGAGAGUCCGUGAUGGAGCACUUGCGCAUCACCUGCGAUGAGGACUAUUUGAAGAGCGUGGACCUAGUGUUGAAGCAGGCUGUUCAGCGUCUUCUUGAGGGACCCAGGGCGCACGCAAAGUUUUUCGAUUCGUACCAAGACUUGCUUGACGGCUCUGCAAGGAAGCAACUGGAGGAGUUCAUUGCUGCCGAGCAUAGCUUCAAUGAGAGCGCAGAGGAGCUGGAGAGGCUACGCGCACGCGGCUUUGAUAUCGCCGGACUCCCGUACUUGGAAUACUUUCCGUUGAUCGAGCUAGACUGCCGCAACACGAAGAAUGGCCUGCUCAUCCUGCAGAAAGACCUGAUCGCCAUGAUUGCGACCGCCAUGUCUGAUCUUCAUCGCACGGAAAAUGAAAAGAUCUGCAAGGAGUUUACGGUGAUAAGGGAGAAGGCAUUGACGGAGCCGAGAGAUACCAAGCACAUGCUCCAGCUUGAUAAGUUUGUGGAAAAGGCGGCCACCAUUCUUGUGCCCGCUCUGCAGGAGCGUAUUAAGGAGAGUCAGAACCGCAUGAUUCACCUCCUAUCUUCGAGUACUGUCAGCGAUGAUGACAUGGAGUUGAACUGUGCUGUUCUGGCGUGGCCCAAAGACAUCAUGCCAGUCUUCAAUGAGCACGAAGAGAUCUCUGCCAGAGCCAAGAAGAGAAGUGAGCAGGGCUUACUCGAGCGCCGCAACCGCCUACAGCUUGAUAUUGAGCAAGUCCAGGCGCUUGUGGACUCUGUAUCUCAGUGGUCUGAUCUUCCAUCCAUGGGCACCUACUGCAAGGAGAUUGCCUCCAUACUGAAGCGCGUCGCUAAGCUGGGCGAGGAUGUCACUCUUGUCAAUAAGGAAGAGGUACUCUUUGCCUACGACCCGUCAUCAUAUCCAGUUCUUGAUGACAUACCUGUGAAGCUGGAGCCAUACAACAAACUGUUCACCAUGGCGCUCAAGUGGCAGAAGACCCAAAAGAAGUGGAUGGAUGGUCCGUUUCUGGAUGUGGAAGCAGAGGCUGUCGAAGCUGAGACGGAGGAGUUCUGGCGCGACACGUACAAGCUGUACAAGCAGUUCAAUGCCCAGGCACAGAAGCAGGCCAACAAGGCCAAGGAUCGCCUGCAGAAGAACAAGCGCGAGGAGCCCGCCAAAAAGGACGACCAGCAGACAGCUCCCGUUCGAGUUGCCGCCGCUGUUCAGGAGCAGAUAAAGGCCUUCAAAGAAAAUCUACCGACUUUGCAGAUCAUGUGCAAUCCGGGAAUCCGAACGCGCCACUGGGAGCGGAUGUCGGAAAUCUCAAGCUUGGAGCUGACGCCAGAUUCAGGCACGACCCUGAGAAAGAUGCUGAAGAACGACCUUGCACCGUACCUGGAGCAGUUCCAGGAAGUCAGCACUGCGGCCAGCAAGGAAUUUUCUUUGGAAAAGGCCAUGGCCAGGAUGGUGGAGGACUGGGAUCCGAUUUCUUUCAACACUACACAGUACCGUGACACUGGCAUUUCCAUUCUCACAUCGGUCGAUGAAAUCCAGACCAACCUUGACGAUCAAAUCGUCAAGACGCAGACCAUGCGUGGUUCGCCGUUUAUCAAGCCCUUCGAAGUAGAAAUCAAGGCUUGGGAGGAGCGUUUGGUGAAAAUGCAAGACAUGCUAGAUGAGUGGCUGAAGAUGCAAGCCCAGUGGCUGUAUUUGGAGCCUAUCUUCAGCAGUGAAGAUAUUAUGCAGCAGAUGCCCGAGGAGGGAAAGCUCUUCCAGCAGGUUGACAAGACCUGGAAAGAAGUCAUGCGUCACACGUCCAAAGAUCCAAGAGUGUUAGUGGCAACGAGCUACCCUGGUCUAGCCGAGAAGCUAGAGAAGAGUAAUGGACUGCUGGACCGUAUCCAGAAGGGACUGAACGCCUAUUUGGAAAAGAAGCGCCUCUUCUUCCCGCGUUUCUUCUUUCUGUCGAACGACGAGAUGCUUGAGAUUCUCUCGGAGACGAAGGAUCCGAUGCGUGUGCAGCCGCAUCUCAAGAAAUGCUUUGAGGGCAUUGGCAAGCUGGAGUUCAAGGAGAACUUGGAUAUCUGCGCCAUGUUCAGCAGCGAGGGGGAAAAGGUGCAACUAAGUGAUCUGAUUUCCACGUCCGCAGCUAAGGGUGCCGUGGAGAAGUGGCUGUUACAGGUCCAGGACGUUAUGUACAAGAGUGUGCGCGACGUAAUAGUGCGCUCCAGAGACGCUUACCCAAUCACAACACGGACGGACUGGGUGCGUGAGUGGCCCGGCCAGGUCAUUCUCUGCGUCGGCUCGAUCUACUGGACGCAAGAGGUGCACGAAGCAAUCAAGGGUGGCCGCGACGGCCUUGCAGACUACUACAAGUUCCUCUCUAAGCAGCUUGAGGAUAUUGUCGUUCUGGUGCGCGGCAAGCUUUCUAAGCAGAAUCGUAUCAGUCUCGGAGCUCUUGUGACGAUCGAUGUCCAUGCUAGAGAUGUGAUUGGCGAACUGCGAGACAAAGGCGUGAACAGCGACAAUGACUUCUUAUGGUUGUGCCAGCUGCGCUAUUAUUGGGAGGAUGACAAUGUGGCAGUACGCAUCACUAAUGCCACUGUCUGGUACAAGUAUGAGUACCUGGGCAACUCCUUCCGACUUGUCAUCACUCCACUGACUGAUCGUUGCUAUCGCACACUAGUGGGUGCCUAUCAUUUGAAUCUGAACGGAGCACCAGAAGGGCCUGCUGGCACUGGAAAGACAGAGACUACCAAGGAUCUUGCCAAGGCACUGGCUGUUCAGUGUGUGGUGUUCAACUGUUCUGAUGGUUUGGACUACUUGGCUAUGGGCAAGUUCUUCAAAGGUCUCGCUUCGUGCGGUGCCUGGGCUUGCUUUGAUGAGUUCAAUCGCAUUGAGCUGGAAGUACUCUCUGUCAUUGCCCAACAGAUUCUCUCGAUCAUUCGGGCCGUCCGAGGCAAAAUGAAGCGCUUCAUUUUUGAAGGCACGGAGAUUGCGCUGGUUCCCAGUUGCUAUGUGUGUAUCACGAUGAACCCCGGUUAUGCAGGCCGUUCAGAGCUACCGGACAAUCUCAAGGUAUUGUUCCGUACUGUGGCUAUGAUGGUCCCCGACUAUGCUCUGAUUGGCGAGAUCAUGCUCUAUUCAUACGGCUUUGUCGACGCCAGGAACCUUUCCGUCAAGAUCGUCACCACAUAUCGACUUUGUUCUGAGCAGUUGUCAUCUCAAUUUCACUACGAUUACGGUAUGCGCGCUGUAAAGGCCGUACUUGCCGCUGCUGGAAACCUGAAGUUGAAAUUCCCCACGGACGAUGAGAAUGUGUUGCUGCUGCGCUCCAUCAUUGAUGUCAAUCUUCCAAAGUUUCUACCUCACGACAUUCCACUGUUCCGCGGCAUCAUCUCCGAUCUGUUUCCGGGUGUGGAGCUGCCCAAGGCUGACUAUGAUAUCUUUAUGGGUGCAGCAGCAGAGGUCUGUGAGAAGCGGAACCUGCAGUUCGUUGAUUUUUUCACCGAGAAGCUAGUGCAGAUGUACGAAAUGAUGAUCGUGCGGCACGGAUUCAUGAUGGUUGGUGACCCAUUCGGAACGAAAACAACGGUCAUCCAGUGUCUCGCCGAUACACUGACGCUCCUCAAGGAUAGAGAAGAGUUAGGAGAGAACCGGGUACAUUACCGAGUUGUCAACCCGAAGUCCGUGACAAUGGGGCAACUCUUCGGCCAGUUCGAUCCCGUCUCACACGAGUGGACCGAUGGUAUUGUCGCCCUGACAUUCCGUGAAUUUGCAUCUGCCACCAAUGACGACCGCUUCUGGGUGAUCUUCGACGGGCCCAUCGACACUCUCUGGAUUGAGAGCAUGAACACUGUGCUUGAUGAUAACAAGAAGCUGUGUCUGAUGAGCGGCGAAAUCAUCCAGAUGUCAAACCAGAUGAGCUUGAUCUUCGAGUGCGCUGAUCUUGCCCAAGCCUCGCCAGCCACAGUGAGUCGCUGUGGAAUGAUCUACCUGGAACCGAGUACGUUUGGCUGGGAGCCGCUGGCAACGUCUUGGAUGAAGACGUUGCCAGCAAUUCUCCGCGAGGAUUACUCCAAGCUCAUCUGGGCACUGGUCAAUUGGCUUAUCAAGCCAAUGCUACGUUUCAACUACAAAAACUGCAAGAAAAUGGUCCAUGUCCAGGAUGCCAAUCAGGUGCGCUCUCUUCUGCGGCUGUUCAAAGUCAUCCUGUUGCCGCACACGCAGGACGAAAACAAGGAAGUGAAGGAGAACAAGAACCUCAAGAACUGGAUUGUUGGAACGUUUAUGUUCAGUACAAUUUGGUCGAUUGGUGCUAGCGUCGACUCAAACAGCAGAGACAAGUUUAAUACUUUCCUGCGGGAGAUUCUGUCCGGUGCCGUGGAGCUUCAUCCCAUACCUGCUGAGGUUGGAAAGAUUGAAGUGCCGAUGCCUCCUGAGGGCCUUGUUUUCGACUUUGUGUUUGAGCUGAAGGGAAGAGGACGCUGGGCAUCAUGGCUGGAUUCGGUCCGUGACAAUGCCAUCGGUGGGGCCAAUGUGCGCCUAAGCGACAUCAUUGUUCCAACCAUGGACACAUCAAGAUACACGUAUUUGAUGGAGCUUGCUUGCCAGUUCAACCUGCCAAUGCUACUGCUGGGCCCGACCGGAACGGGCAAGUCUGUGUACGUGAAGGAUAAGCUGAUGAACGGCCUGCCCAAGGACAUCUACCUGCCGCUCUUCAUCAACUUCUCUGCACGAACGACUGCCAUGCAGACACAGGACAUCAUAAUGUCCAAGCUGGACAAGAGAAGAAAGGGCAUUUUCGGACCACAAAUGGGGAAGAAGAGUAUCAUUUUUGUGGACGAUCUAAACAUGCCAUUGCGCGAGAAGUAUGGUGCUCAGCCCCCCAUUGAGCUGUUGCGACAAUGGAUGGAUCAUGGCUCAUGGUAUGACAAGAAAGACUGCAGCAAGCUGUCCCUUGUGGACAUUCAGUUCCUGUGCGCCAUGGGCCCACCGGGCGGCGGUCGCAACCCGAUCUCACCUCGCUUUGUGCGCCACUUCAAUGUUGUCAACAUCACCACGUUCGAUGACGACACCAUGACGCGUAUCUUCUCUGCCAUCGUCUCCUAUCAAAUGAGACUGGAAAGGUUCACUACUGAAUACCAGGUUGUUGGAAAUCAGAUAGUGGCAGCCACUAUGGAGAUGUACAAGCGCGCUAUGGACAGUCUCCUGCCGACACCGGCCAAGUCUCACUACGUGUUCAACUUGCGUGACUUCUCGCGUGUUAUCAUGGGUGUACUGUUGGUCAAACCGCAGUCGGUGGAAAACAGGAAAGUCAUGAUAAGGCUAUGGGCGCACGAAGUGUUCCGGGUGUUCUAUGAUCGUCUUGUGGAUGACAGUGACAGGGCCUGGCUACACACAACCGUGAAGGACCUGGUAAAGGUCCACUUCAAGGAGAACCACUCCGACGUGUUCAAGCACCUGGCAUCUAAGACGGGCAGGGAGGCAUCAGAGGAUGACAUGAGAAGUCUUUUGUUUGGCGAUUACAUGAAUCCCGAUGCCGACCCUCGCCUGUACGAAGAGGUGUCCUCGCUGGAAGACUUCUCCAGUGUAGUGGAGACCUGCUUGGAAGAGUACAAUAACAUGCACAAGAACAGAAUGGACUUAGUCAUCUUCAGAUACGUCAUGGAGCAUCUAUCUCGCAUCAGUCGCAUCCUCAAAACGCCCGGCGGUCACGCAUUGCUUGUCGGCGUCGGUGGCUCAGGCCGCCAGUCGCUGACUCGACUGGCGGCAGCCAUGGGAGACUUUGCGCUCUUCCAGCCGGAGAUCACCAAGGCCUACAGCGUGCCGGAAUGGCAUGAUGACCUUAAGAAAAUCCUUCUAUCCGCUGGCAAGACGGGAAAACCAACCGUUUUUCUCUUCAGCGAUUCUCAGAUCAAGGAGGAACGGUUCUUGGAGGAUGUAGACAGCUUGCUGAAUUCCGGAGAAGUGCCAAACCUGUUUGCAGUUGACGAGAAGCAAGAAAUAAUCGAAGCUAUUCGCCCGAUUGCCCAGAAAGAGGAUAAGAAUGCGGACUUCUCGCCGCUGGCACUGUUCAGCAUGUUUGUGAACAGGUGCCGAGAACGCUUGCACAUCAUCCUGGCAUUCAGCCCCAUUGGCAGCGCGUUCCGCAAUCGCAUGCGCCAGUUCCCGUCUCUCAUCAACUGCUGUACGAUCGAUUGGUUUCAGGCUUGGCCCGAGGAUGCUCUAGAAAUGGUAGCAGUCAAGUUCCUGGAGUCGGUUGAAAUGCAGGACAGGGAACGCAAUGAGAUCGUGGCCGUCUGCAAGCACUUCCAUCAGAGCACUCGCAUUCUGUCCGAAAAGUUUCUGGAACAUCUUGGUCGGCACAAUUACACAACCCCGACAUCAUACCUUGAGCUCAUAUCAUCGUUCAAGGGCUUGUUGCAGAAGAACCGCAAUGAAGUGUUGCGAGCGAAGGCUCGUUAUGAAGUUGGUCUGGAGAAGUUGGAGUUUGCCGCAUCUCAGGUUGCUGAUAUGCAAGCUGAGCUUGAAGCCCUGCAGCCCAAACUGGUCGUGGCGCAGGCAGACAAUGAGAAGAUGAUGGUGCAAAUCACGAAAGAAUCGAAGGAUGUGGAGGAGCAAAGUGCAGUUGUGCGCAAGGACGAAGCUGUGGCGAAUGAGCAAGCAGAAGAGAGUCGCUCGCUGAAGGAAGAGUGUGAAGCAGACUUGGCGGAGGCUAUACCUGCUCUGGAGGCAGCUCUGCAGGCUCUGAACACGCUCAAGGGCUUCCUGGAAAGGACUACUAUGUUGUGUCUCUCCUGGACACACCAUUGCGCCUUCACUGUGUGUAAAGUACGGAUGAGAGGAACUCUCGUCUGUACGGACAAAUUCCAUUGGUCCCGUGGUGUUUGUUCUAAAGAGGUUCCACUGUGCUCUACUGUGUAUACUGGUAACGAUGGCUUGUUCUCCUUGGGUGCUGCUGUUCUGUUUCCAUUCCAUAUGCAGGUGGAGGAUCGAUUAGCAUCACUGAAAGCACAGUUUGAUCAGAAGACGGAGGAGAAGAACAAGCUGGAGUUCCAGGUUGACAUGUGCGCUAAGAAAUUGGAGCGUGCUAAGAAGCUCAUUGGCGGCCUUGGUGGUGAGAAGACACGAUGGUCGGAGGCUGCAGUUUCUCUGCAGGCUCGCUUUGACAACUUGAUUGGAGAUAUUCUCGUCUCAUCUGGUGUGAUCGCGUAUCUCGGUGCGUUCACGUCCGCGUAUCGUGCAGAGUGCGUUGCUGACUGGACGAAACAAUGCAAGAAUCGUGGUAUACCAUGCUCAGCGGAUUUCCAGCUAAGCCAAAUUCUUGGUGAACCCAUCAAGAUCCGUGCAUGGAACAUUGCUGGUCUGCCCACCGACAACUUCUCUAUCGAUAACGGCGUGAUUGUCGACAAUGCUCGACGCUGGCCUCUUAUGAUAGAUCCGCAGGGCCAGGCCAACAAGUGGGUGAAAAACUCCGAAGGCAAGCGGGGAUUGCAGGUUGUAAAGCUGACGGACUCCGACUACAUGCGUACAUUGGAGAAUUGCAUCCAGUUUGGCAACCCCGUGCUGCUAGAGAAUGUUGGUGAAGAGCUCGAUCCGUCGCUGGAACCGCUACUGCUCAAGCAGACCUUCAAACAAGGUGGUGUGAACUGUAUCCGUCUUGGCGACACCGUGAUUGAAUACUCGGCCGACUUCCGCUUCUACGUCACAACGAAAUUGCGCAACCCUCACUACUUGCCUGAGCUGGCCACCAAGGUGACACUGCUGAACUUCAUGAUCACACCCGAAGGUUUGGAAGAUCAGUUGCUGGGCAUUGUAGUUGCAAAGGAACGACCUGAGUUGGAAGAAGAGCGCAAUGCACUGAUCGUCCAGAGCGCUGCCAACAAGAAGCAGCUGAAGGAAAUCGAGGACAAGAUCCUAGAAACCCUGUCGUCGUCCGAGGGUAACAUCCUCGAGGACGAGUCGGCCAUUACUAUCCUUGAUUCUUCAAAGGUUCUAUCCAAUGAAAUCAGCAAGAAGCAAAAGGUUGCAGAAGAGACAGAGAAGAAGAUCGACGCUUCUCGAGCCGGCUAUCGACCAAUCGCACAGCAUGGCUCCGUAUUGUUCUUCUCAAUCACUGACUUGCCCAACAUCGACCCCAUGUACCAGUACUCUUUGACGUGGUUUGUCAAUCUGUUCAUCAACUCCAUCAGCGACAGUCUGAAAUCGAAAAACCUAGAGCGACGAUUGCGCAACCUCACCGACCACUUCACUUACAACCUGUAUUGCAACAUCUGCCGGUCUCUGUUCGAGAAAGACAAGCUACUGUUCUCGUUUGUUCUCUGCUGCAACUUACUCAGGGCAAAGAAAGAGUUGGAUCAGGAAGAGUUCAUGUUCUUCCUGACAGGAGGUAUUGGCUUGGAUAACAAGUUGGAAAAUCCAGCAUCAUCGUGGCUAUCCGACAGAAGUUGGGAUGAGAUUUGCAGAAUGAGUGACUUGCCAGCAUUCAAGGGCUUCAUAAAGCAGUUUGCGAAGCAUACAAACCAGUGGAAGCUGGUGUACGACAGCAAAGAGCCACAGAACUGUGAGCUGCCUCCACCGUACAAUGAAAAGCUCAACGUCUUCCAGCGCAUGAUAGUCAUCCGCUGUCUGCGUCCCGAUAAGGUGGUGCCACUGGUUGUGAAGUUCGUAGAGGAGAAGCUCGGUGAUCGCUACGUUCAGCCGCCUCCGUUCGACCUGUCGAAGAGCUAUGCAGACUCCAAUGCGUGCAUCCCGCUGAUCUUUGUACUAUCCCCUGGUGCUGAUCCCAUGGCUGGGCUGCUGAAGUUUGCUGCAGAUCGGAAGUUUGACGGUGACAAGUUCAACGCUAUCUCAUUGGGCCAGGGACAGGGUCCCAUUGCUCAGAAGAUGAUUGACAAUGCUGUCAAGGACGGCACGUGGGUAGUCCUGCAGAACUGUCAUUUAGCUGUGUCCUGGAUGCCAAACUUGGAAAAGCUGUGCGAGGAGAUGAAUCCUGAGGCGGUCAACAAGGACUUCAGACUCUGGCUGACUAGCUAUCCAUCUGAUAAGUUUCCAGUGACGGUUCUGCAAAACGGCGUGAAAAUGACAAAUGAGCCUCCCACUGGACUGCGACAGAAUCUACUGCAGUCGUAUAUCUGCGAUCCCAUCUCCGAUACAGAGUUCUUCAGUGCAGUGGAGGAAGGCAAGGAGGCGAUAUUUGAAAAGCUGCUGUAUGGCCUGUGCUUCUUCCAUGCGCUGGUCCAAGAGCGCCGGAAGUUUGGCCCGCUGGGCUGGAACAUUCCCUAUGGCUUCAACGAGUCUGAUCUGCGUAUCAGUGUACGGCAGCUGCAGCUAUUUAUCAAUGAGUACACGGACGUGCCGUUCGAUGCCAUCACGUACAUGACCGGCCAGUGUAACUAUGGUGGUCGUGUCACUGAUGACUGGGACAGGCGCUGCCUGAUGAGUAUGCUGUCAAACUUCUACAAUAAGGACGUGAUUGAAAACCCCCACUACAAGUUCUCACCCAGUGGUGCGUAUGUAGUGCCACCGAAAGGAGACUAUGAGAGCUACGUGGAGUUCAUCAAGGCCCUGCCGAUGAUGCAGACGCCGGAGGUGUUUGGCAUGCACGAGAAUGUGGACAUCUCCAAAGAGCUGCACGAGACCAGAGAGUUGUUCGACUCUGUCCUGAAGGUCCAGUCCAACACUGGUGGAGGAGGUGGUGGGGGCAAGAAGGCCGAUGAGCAGUUGAUUGAAAUUGCCAGUGAUAUUCUUUCCAAGCUUCCAGAUAACUUUGACAUUGAAGACGCGCAGCAGAAAUACCCGGUGACGUACGGCGAGAGUAUGAACACUGUGCUCGUCCAGGAGAUGGAAAGAUUCAAUCGGUUAGCCAGUGUGAUACGCACCACUCUGCAGAACUUGCGGAAGGCCAUCAAGGGUUUGGUGGUGAUGAACGUGGAGCUGGAGAGCCUGUCCACCAGCCUGCUAAUUGGCAAGCUGCCGGAGCUAUGGGCAAAGGCAUCUUACCCCAGUCUGAAGCCGCUCGGCAGCUACAUAGCUGACUUGGCAGCUCGUCUAACUUUCCUUCAGAACUGGUUCGAUGAUGGCAAGCCGCCUGUCUUCUGGCUGUCUGGAUUCUAUUUCACCCAGGCCUUCCUGACAGGUGCCAUGCAGAACUAUGCCAGAAAAUACACGAUUCCCAUCGACAAGCUGGGCUUUGACUUCCGGGCAUUGAAGGUGGAUGAGCAGGAUGCAGCGCCGGAGGAUGGUGUGUAUAUCCAUGGGCUCUACCUCGAUGGUGGUCGCUGGGACAGAGAGAGGGAUGUCAUUGCAGAGUCUCAUCCGAAAAGUCUGUUUGAUCAGAUGCCCAUCCUGUGGCUCAAGCCUGAGAAGAAAGUUGACAUCAAGGAAGACCAGCGCUACUCAUGUCCUGUCUACAAGACCAGUGCACGGCGAGGUCAGCUGUCCACGACCGGGCACUCGACCAACUACGUGCUGCCCAUCCUGCUCGGCUCCGACAAACCCAUCAAGCACUGGAUCAACCGUGGCGUGGCGCUGCUCUGUCAGCUGGAUGACUAAGUAUGCAAGGUCCACGCACAUACUCUGUUUGCAAGCCACCCAGUGAACAAUCUGUAUGCAGUCCAUCUUCUGUAUGCAGUCCAUCUUCUGUAUGCAGCCCAUCUUCUGCAUGCAGUCCAUCUGCUAUAUGCAGUCCACACAUUCUAUGCAGCAUCACUGUAGUGACCAGCUGUGUCACGGUACUAUGAAAUGCUGUUACGUUCAAAUUUCUCUGGCAUUCAUUUUGCUAGGGUUCUCUUCAAUAUAUCUGAUUUUUAUGCAAUGAGCCAUGUUUUGCUGCUUUGAUAACGGUUCAUAGGAACUGGAAGUGUACAUGUACUAGUAUGACCUUAGACUUGAUGAACUAAUAAUGCAUGAAUUGAUAACGUUCACAGCAACAACACGAAGAUUUUUAUAAGUAUGUAUGAACGUGUACUCAGAGAAUGGAGUCUCGCGACACGAACAGUGUACAGAUUUUUUUGGAAUCCUUGCUAGCAUAGCAUAGCCAUGCCGGGAUGCACUUCAAGGUUCGUGUACAUCUUAUCUCCGGCUCAUGUUCAGCAGUUGAAGUCUCUGUUCACAUGAAUGCGAGUGUGUGAACUUUGUUAGUCCUUUGUCUGGUGUUUCUCAGUCAUCGUACAGACGGGCACUGAUUUCGACUUGUAACAGUCAUUGAUAUUGUAUUCCUUUUUGUGCUCUGAUUUCGUCAAAGUUCUACGAGUAUUGUGAGAUUUUUCUAUUCUAGAUACCUUUGUGAGUAAACUUUAUCUUUGAAUGUUACCCGCGAGCAUUUAUUCUUUGUACUCUCCCCUGGUUUGUAUGAUAUUUAUGGUUAUGAAUGACUGACGAUUUUGGAAUCUGCGUAUGCCGUAAUUACCAUACUCUA